UCAAUCACGUUCACAAUCCUCCUCACAUAUACUUGUUUCUUACGAAGCCACACACACACACACAGAAAUGUCUCAGCGUGGCGGUGGCGAUGCAGACAACCGUCAGGACGUGGUGACCCGUCAAGUUUGUUGCUUGUGUGGGUCACAACGGAGCAUAUUGAUAAAAGCUGCACUGUCCGGCAUGAUUGGGGGAUUUAUGGGCGGAAUACUUGCGUACUUUCUCAGCCAGCAAAUAGCCCACUUAAUUGCAGUGCCCAAGCCGGAGCCACCAUCUUACUUUCAGACUAUUAUUGAUUCUCCUGAUACUUUUGUAUUGGAUGUAAUGGAAUUGUAUAACAUUUAUAUUAUUAUAAAAAGCAUUUUUUUAACUGAUUUAAUGUAAUGGCACAUUUAUAUUUGAUCUAUUUUACCCUAUAACUUAUACCUUGAAUAUUGUGUUGUCCAUUAAUUAAUAAUGACCCGAAAAAUAAUAAAUUUUUCAAUUUGA